UUCCAGUCUGGGCUUCGGGAGUUUCUGUUUUCACGCCCUGUCAUCCCAAUGCAUGGGGGACUGGAGUGGUGGGAUAGCAAGAGCCAAGCCAGCCUAGGUUACAGAGUGCGACCCUGUCUCACAGGCUGCAGGGGCCGUUCCCUGGGAGGGGGACAGGAAGUUGAGAGUCACCUGCGAACGUGGAGCCGGAGCCCCGGAGCCUCUCCCUGGGCGGCCAUGUGGGCUUCGACGGCCUCCCUGACCAGCUGGUCAGCAAGUCGGUCACACAGGGCUUCAGUUUCAACAUCCUCUGUGUGGGGGAGACCGGUAUCGGCAAGUCUACGCUGAUGAACACUCUUUUCAACACGACCUUUGAGACGGAGGAAGCGAGUCACCACGAGGACUGUGUGCGCCUGCGGCCCCAGACCUACGACCUCCAAGAGAGCAACGUGCACUUGAAGCUGACCAUCGUGGACGCUGUGGGCUUCGGGGAUCAGAUCAAUAAGGAUGACAGUUACAGGCCCAUAGUCGACUACAUCGACGCGCAGUUUGAAAAUUAUCUGCAGGAGGAGCUGAAGAUCCGCCGCUCCCUUUUUGACUACCACGACACGAGGAUCCACGUCUGCCUUUACUUCAUCUCUCCCACCGGGCACUCCCUCAAGUCCCUGGAUCUGGUGACCAUGAAGAAACUGGAUAGCAAGGUGAACAUAAUUCCCAUCAUCGCCAAGGCUGACACCAUCUCCAAGAGUGAGCUACACAAGUUCAAGAUCAAGAUCAUGGGUGAGCUGGUCAGCAACGGGGUCCAGAUCUACCAGUUUCCCACGGAUGACGAGGCCGUUGCAGAGAUCAAUGCGGUCAUGAACGCACACCUGCCCUUUGCUGUGGUGGGCAGCACGGAGGAGGUGAAGGUGGGCAACAAGCUGGUCCGAGCGCGGCAGUACCCUUGGGGUGUGGUGCAGGUGGAGAACGAGAACCACUGUGACUUCGUGAAGCUGCGGGAGAUGCUGAUCCGGGUGAACAUGGAGGACCUGCGGGAGCAGACGCACAGCCGGCACUAUGAGCUGUACCGCCGCUGCAAGCUGGAGGAGAUGGGCUUCCAGGACAGCGACGGGGACAGCCAGCCCUUCAGCCUCCAGGAGACAUACGAAGCCAAGCGGAAGGAGUUCCUGAGCGAGCUGCAGAGGAAGGAGGAAGAGAUGAGGCAGAUGUUUGUGAACAAAGUGAAGGAGACGGAGCUGGAGUUGAAGGAGAAGGAAAGGGAGCUCCACGAGAAGUUUGAGCACCUGAAGCGGAUUCACCAGGAGGAGAAGCGCAGGGUGGAGGAGAAGCGCCGGGAGCUGGAGGAAGAAACCAACGCGUUCAACUGCAGGAAGGCGGCCAUGGAGGCGCUGCAGUCUCAGGCCCUGCACGCCACCUCACAGCAGCCCCUGAGGAAGGACAAGGACAAGAAGAACAGAUCAGAUAUAGGCGUCCAGCAGUCAGCCAUGAGCCUCUCCAACUCUAAGGUGAUGAUGACCAAAGCCAGUGUGGAGCCUUUGAACUGCAGCAGCUGGUGGCCCGCCAUCCAGUGCUGCAGCUGCCUGGUCAGGGACGCGACGUGGAGGGAAGGAUUCCUCUGAGGCGGCAGCUCCCCUCAUGGGCCAACUCAGGACCAUCAGGGCGUGGACCUGGAAGCCGUGGGUGUUGAUGUUAGAACAGACGCCCCCUCCUCCCCACAUGCACACACACGCUAGUUUUCCCAUAUCAAUGGCCCAGAGUACAGAUGGUUUCGAUUUCCAUCAGGGAGCAUCCGAUGUGCUCCAACCCUCCUCAUUCCCAUCCAUCGUCCCACCAGUCUCGGGGCUCAGUCUAAAGCCGACCUGAACCUCAACCCCGAGGAGAAAAGGCGCCGGGUGCUUUGUGACAUGGUCGUGACCAGCUAAAAGCGCUUAGACGACCAUGUUUUAGUUCUGAGAAAUGGGAAGAUGCUAGUCAAGAUGAGGGGAACAGAAACGUCACUAGUAUCUGCUUGACCUGGGGAGGAAUAGCGGCUUUUGCCAACGGAGACCACUUUCCAUGGUGAAACUGCCCUUAGCAAUUAGCUCUUCAUGCUUCAUAACCAACCAAACUGCCGCAACAUUUCCACACUACAUAAGUUUGCCUUACUAACAGAAUCAUAUCCUGAAGGACGACCAUCCUUCCCCUGACUAAAACCAACUCCAACUAAUGUCUGAUAUUUUUGUAAGUGCCAGAUCAAUAUCUAAUGCCUCAAUAAGGAUCGUGUGUAGGUGAAUUGAGACAGCUAAGUGAAUGUGUGUAAAGUGUAACAGAAGCAGACCAGAUAUUUAUGUAUAAUAUUCAUAGAAUGGAAAGUUCAAUAUUUUUGCAGUGUGUAUUUAAAAAAGAGAAAUUCACAUAAUAUAGUGCCGUCUAAAACAACGUUGUCCUUCACUCACUGUUCUUUAGAAAUGAGAGUCUGGUGAACGGUGUGAGCUUUAAGAUACAUUCUUUUUCACUUGUGUGUGUCGUGAGCCUCGCGGGCCACCUUGCCGUGGCGCAUGGGAAGGACGUGAGCGUGGCCGUGUUUUGGUUGCGAGCGAGCCGCGUUCCAGAGGCACAGCUGAGUCUCGGGGGGCCUCUGCCAACGCCUCGCGUUUGCUGAGGUCCUGAAGUGCACAGCCAGAGCCAGCAUGCUUGCUGAAGCCUUCUCACGUGUGGAAUCGACUGUAAAAAGAAAAUAAAGAGGCCAAAGCCGUACAUCA